AUGUCGGUGCUCUCCCCUGUAGCUAAGGCAGCAUUACAUCACCCUAUAGGACGUGUACGUGGUGAUGGUAUUACAGCUACAGUAUUUGGAGCUACAGGAUUUCUUGGACGUUACGUCUGUUCACAUCUAGGUUUGAAUGGAAAUGGAUACGUGGUUCCAUAUCGUGGAGAUGAAAUGGAAGUUUCACAUUUACGUGUGUCAGCGGAUCUAGGUAAUGUAGCACAGCAGCCGUUCCAUCCGCGUGACCGUGAUACGAUCUUAGAAGCCGUACAGGGCUCGGAUAUUGUCAUUAAUCUUAUUGGAAAACACUACCAGACAAAGCACUUUCUGCCAUGGUGGAUCAAUUACACAUAUGAUGAUGUGCACGUGGAUGUUGCCCGUACCAUUGCUGAGGUGGCCAAGGAAGCAGGUGUGUCUCGCUUGGUGCACGUGUCGUCAUUACUGGCUCAGCCCAAUUCUCCGUCGGCAUGGGCUGCGUCAAAAUUCCGUGGCGAGGUUGCUGUUCGCAAGGCAUUUCCGGAAGUGAACAUUGUGCGACCGUCCAAUAUGUUUGGUCCAGAAGACCGGUUGUUAGUCUGGAUUGGCAACCGUCUUAACUAUGGUGGCGUGCCUGUUGUGGACAACGGUGACGCCGUGGUCCAACCCGUGUUUGUUAACGACGUGGCUAAAGCAAUUUACCACAUUACGCAGGAUGAAACUAUUCAGGGCAAGACUUUUGAGCUCGUUGGUGACGAAGAGUUUACGUACAAAGAAUUGGCUGACUAUGUAUUUGACGUUACCAAGCGUAACCCGAGUUUGAUCAACCUGCCACUUUCCGUGGCGCAGGCCAUUGGAUACUUUUGUGAGCAGUUCCCGGACCCCAAAUUCACACGUGACUGGGCCACGCGUCUUAGUCUGAACGAGGUGAAGACGUCCGACCUGCCGGGUUUGCGAGAGUUGGACGUUGAGCCAACCAAGUUGGAACAGGCGGCACCCAACUUUCUUCUCAAAUUUAACCCUGGUGGUCACUUUCAGGAAGUGUCCAGCUACCAUUGA